CUGGGUGUAUUGAUUCACCAUCCAAAGUGUAAGUAUUAACUUCACCAUGCUCAAAGGGAUAUUCAAUGUUUUUAUUUAUUUCACCUUUAUUUAACCAAGUAGGCUAGUUGAGAACAAAUUCUCAUUUACAACUGCGACCUGGCCAAGAUAAAGCAAAGCAGUGCGACACAAACAACAAAACAGAGUUACACAUGGAAUAAACAAACAUACAGUCAAUAAUACAAUAGAAAAAGUCUAUAUACAAUGUGUGCAAAUGAGGUAGGAUAAGGGAGAUAAGGCAAUAAAUAGGCCAUAGUGGUGAAAUAAUUACAAUAUAGCAAUUAAACACUGGAGUGAUAGAUGUGCAGAAGAUAAGUGUGCAAUUAGAGAUACUGGUGUGCAAAGGAGCAAAAUAAAUAACAGUAUGGGGAUGAGGUAGUUGGAUGUGCUAUGUACAGGUGCAGUCUGCUUUUAGAAUGUUUUAUUUUAUUUUACCCAUCUACCAAUAGGGGCCUUUCUUUGUGAGGCAUUGGAAAACUUCCCUGGUCUUGUGAUUGAAUUUGUUUGAAAUGCACUGCUCGACUGAGGCACCUUACAGAUAAUUGUAAGUGUGGGGUACAGAGAUGAGGUAGUCAUUCAAAAAUCAUGUUAAAACACUAUUUUGCACAUAGAGUGAGUCGACUUUGACAAUAUGGGGUAUUGUGUGUAUGCCAGUGUUACAAAAUCUAAAUGUAAUCAAUUUUAAAUGCAGGCUGUCACAUAACAUCAUGUGGAAAAUGCCACGGGCUGUGAAUACUUUCUGAAGGCCUAUUAUGGAUUAACAACCAAGUGAGCCACCUGAAUUUUUUUUUUGUCUAUAGAUAUGGCUACUUUACACUGUAUAUGCAAAUUAGAAUAUACCCUGUUAUUUGCUGGCCAGUGCUAAUUUGUAACAUUUUUGAAGGGCUGUUGCACUCAUAUUUACGGUAAUAGAUGAACUGAAGAGCGAUUGCAGGGACUUCACAGCAGAAACACUACAAGGACUAUUGUCGCUAGGAAAUGUCCCGCCCUCACAGGAGUCGUUUGAGCCUGUGUAGGGACCUGAUUAGAACAUAUAUAUAUUAUUUUUUUUUACAGAAAAGCAGGUUGAUUUUGUUUAGUUAAUUUAUUUUUUGAUAGUUUCAAUUUUUUUAUUCAUAUUUUACCAACAUAUUUCAUUUUUUGAGAUCCUUAUUAUUCACCCGCACAGUAGGUGGCGGAAUGCACAUCACAUUGUUGCGAACGCCAUUGAACCAUAGAAGAAGAACAAUUCCGCGUAUCUCCCGCUUCACUACAUUGUUGUCAUUUAUCAACAUAUACGACUUGUUUUUUGCAAGUUAUCUUGGAAAUUGAAUACUAUUUACUUCACACAGGAAAUACGCAUCUGUAAUUUGGUCUGGACAAGAUGGCGAGCUGCAAUUUUCAGGCGCAAUUGGUAUCCAUUCUGGAGGUAUUAGCUAAAGCAGCUGUAGCAGAAAUAAACAAACGUGUAGAUGAUAGCUGUGCUGUUAUACGUUUGGAAAUGACCCAAAGCCAGCGAGAUAUUGAUGUACUGAAAAGGAAGUGUCAAAUUAUGGAGAGCGAGCUGGAGAAGACGUGCAGACGAAAAGGUUUUUACCCCGUGGCUUCAGAGAGAUCUUCUUAUCCAGUCAAGAUUGUUUUGAAUAAGCAGAGGAGUAGCUCACAGUGCAGAGACAAAGAGCUGGCUGUUGAAGAGGACUCUCAACCCCAGCCUUCAGAUGUGGAGCAGAGAGUGGAGACUGAACCCAUACUGAUCAAAGAUGAGGAGACAGCAGAGGAUGUGUGGAAGACUGACCCUCAGGAAGAGAUCAGGAUCACUGGAGAGGGUGGGUGCAACCAUAAGGGGUGCUGCUCAGUCUGUCUAUGGAAGACUGUCUGUGGUGAGUCUGGUUCCAAGCCUGGGAAAUCACCAUCCUUUGAGCAACGGCACUGUGAUGAGGACUUAAUCACACAACCCAAUAUAUCUCACAAAGACUCAGUGGAACAUUACCCCAAUUCUGAUCGUCCAGAGGAACCAGGAACACCCCGGCUCGCAUCUACAGAGGUGUUCAGCGCAGAGCAACACCGGCCAGACGAGGACUCACUAGAUCUAGUGAUGGUGAAAGAGGAGGAGUUAAAUCAGACCACGGCCUUGGCAGGACCUGACCAGUUUGUCAUGGAUGAGACUGAUGGGCAGCUGUGGACCUCUGUGGAUCCAGGCAGAGACACUGACCCUGAUGGACACCCAGAUUUCUCCUUUCAUUCCACAGAAGAGUACUCUCAGAAUAUCUCAAUGGUCCCAUCUCAUAGUGGGCUGUCAUCUGUUCCUACUAUGACAGAUGAUGUAGGGCCAUCGCUUCACUCUUCUAUAUGGAAACCACAUGCUAACAUGCUCAGUGCAGCAGCACACAUGAGAAGACAUGUCAGUACAUUGACUGAUGAGGCUAGACAACAGAUGCCAGAGGGACAGAGCAGUGAGAUGCUGAUCUCAAAUAAUGAAGGAAAUAGUUUAGCUCUACAGCCAAGGCAGCAUCAAUACAGGGCUUCAGAAGCAACAGUGAGAUUGAGUGAGUGCAUGACAGGGUCAAACAUGGCCACCACUUCCACCUUCUCUGGAUACAGCCUGAGUCGCAGUAGUUUUAACAUGGUGAAGAGAAUGAGGACUCAGUGGAGGUCGGGCAGCACCACCGAGAGGCGUUUCAGCUGCACCUUCUGUGGGAAGAGCUUCCAGCGUCUCUGCCAGCUCAAAGAACACCUCCGGAGUCACACCGGAGAGAAACCUUACACCUGCGAACAGUGUGGCAGGAGUUUUACCAAGCAGUGCAACCUGAUCAGACAUGCUAUGGUCCACAGUGGGGAGAAGCCAUACGAGUGCACACAGUGUGGGAAGUGCUUCACCCGGCGCUCCAAAAUGAUGUCACAUCAAAGAACUCACAUAGGAGAGUGUGCAGUGUCUCCAUACGUGGCACCUGCAUACCCUGGGGAUCCACACACAAGUUUAAUGUAGUCUCAGAACAAAUAGGAACUUAAUUGCAUAGUUUUUUGCUAACACUUUCUAUUUGAAAAUGUGGUACAGAAGGUAUUUCGAGACAUUUUUUCAAGUUUUUCCUCAGAAUUGAUUUGUGAAAUUGUUUUCAUGUUUGACUGAUGGCUCCUCACUUUCAUUAUAACAACUUAUUUACAACUGGUAACAAUGUGUGUUUGUACCACAAAAUCAUAAAAACAAUGUUAUAUAAUAAAUAAUCAUAUGGA